AUGUUUGGACUUCUUUGCUUUUUUGUUUUACUUGCAACACAUUUCAAAGUAGAAUCUCUUGAAUGUUCGUCAGACAAAAGAUGUAGAUGUCAGACCUAUCGAGGAAAACUGUGGGCAAAUUGUGAAAACCUUAACCUUACAACAGCGCCAUUUUUCAACGAUGACGUCACAGGGAUAAAUCUAGCAAGAAACAGUAUUGCGAAUUUCCCAGAAAGCCAUCCCAGGGGAAUACUAUAUUUAGACGUCUCGGAGAACAUACUGCAAAAAAUUGAUAUGACGUCAUUGAGCAAAUAUAAAGACUUGAGAAAUUUGACUGUUUCUAACAAUAAACUUAGGACUAUUGAGCUUGGUACUUUUGAGAACUCCUCAAAACUGCUACAUCUUGAUAUUUCAAAUAAUCGGGAAUUAACUAUAGAAGUUCUUGUUAAUGUAUCGAGAGAUUUGCGAAAUUCUUCUUCGAUCCGAGUUUUAAAUUUUGAAAAAUUACAAUGUACAUAUGGAGUCAGUUUCAAUCUCAUGAAAUAUCACACUGCUUUUCUUAGGCAUACAAAGCUGGAGGAACUAAACUUAGCGUCAAAUCGCAUCAACAGUCUAGAAACAGGAGUUCUAACAGAAUUACCUAAGUCCCUCAAACGUCUGAAUUUGGCUAAUAACAUUCUGAGUUUUGGAUUUUAUUUGGCGGAGUUUGGCGAUUUGCCCAAUAUAAUCAGUCUAAAUGUAAGCUUUCAAGCUUCUUUCCGUCAGUUGCUUACCAAAGAAUUUUUGAUAAAAUGUAACGAUACCCGAGCAGUCGGCACUAGAUUCACAGAACAUCCCGAUAUCUGGAGGAGGAACCCUAAAUUAUCAUCAUCCUUGAAAGGAAAUGUUAAUAUAAGUAUAUACUUGCCACGAAAUCUGAAAACGCUUUAUUUUCACGACAAUUUGUACAAGUUUACUCUACAGGAUUAUGUUUUCAAGUCUGUCCAUAAACAAAUGUUGACACAUCUCUAUAUGCAAAACAAUAUCAUCUACGAAUUAAAUGGCCCUAUUGUAGGAUUUGAAAGUGUUGAACAUAUAGAUUUCUCCAAUAAUUUUUGCGGCCACAUCUCAUCAAAUUUCUUUCAAUAUUUUAGAAAUUUAUCUUACCUCAAUCUGUCCCAUAAUGCAUUAGGCGAAACUUUAGAAAGGGAUAAAAAUGGAGAUAUUUUUCAAUAUCUUCGUAUGUUGACCAGUUUGGACUUAAAGCGGAACAGAGUUGUUUCCCUUCCGAAUAAAAUAUUCCGCAAUCUGAAUAAAUUGGAAAAUCUUGAUGUCAGUUAUAAUUCUUUGAAUGAGUUUUCGAUACCUAUAAAUCAUAUGACAAAUCUCUUAAAUUUGGACCUCUCAAAUAACCAGUUAUCGUCUUUAGAUGAGGAAACGAGAAAAGCACUAGAUUCGAUAUCACAAGACAAAGAAAUCUCAGUGAAUUUAAAGGGAAACAGAUUAAGAUGCGAUUGUGAAAACUUAGAUUUUAUAAAAUGGAUGCACACUUCUAGAAAGGUGAAAUUUUUACAUUUCCAUAGUUAUUCGUGUAUUUUCUCAAAUUCAUCAAAGAUUCAUUUUUCUGACAUUGAAAAUUUACUACAGACUUUGGAGAAACAGUGUUUUUCUUAUAUUCUUCUUAUCGUGGUUAUGACGUCAUUAAUAAUCGUCGCCUUAACAACCGCUCUCAGUCGCAUUCUCUAUAGAUACAGGUGGAAAUUGAGAUAUAUGUACUAUGUCGCUAGAGAAAAGUACAAAGAUAACAAAUUAUAUAGCCACAAAACUCAUGGAAAACAAUAUCAUUUUGAUGCAUUCAUGUCUUAUGCUGACAGUGACAGACAAUUUGUUAUUUCCCUUGUGAAAUUUCUGGAAGAUAAAAGCAGCUUAAGGCUGUGUAUACAUCAUCGUGAUUUCAUCCCAGGGACAGGUAUUGAAGACAACAUUACAAAUGCCAUUCAUAACAGCAGACAAACUGUUUGUAUUAUGACGUCACAUUUUUUAGAAUCAUACUGGUGUAUGUUUGAAUUGAACAUGGCUCGAAUGGAAUCUAUUUAUUCGCGAAAUGGUGAAAAUGUUCUUUUUCUCGUGGCUUUAGAGGAAAAUGCCAUGAAAAAACUGCCGUUUUCUCUGAUGGAUCUGAUAGAAUCAAAAUCGUAUGUAGAAUUUCCAGAGGGAGGAGACGAAGAGGAAGUAUCAGCUUUCAGAUCGAAUUUGAAGAGACACUUAAAUCGUGUGACAAUGUCUUCAGACACUUAAAGGGUACUGCUCAUAAAAAUUGGGGGGAAAAGUCCAAACGAC